AUGAACCUUUUUCACGAAGAUAACAUGAACUAUCUCCUAGAGCCGACACCCUUGGAUACAUCACGAAUGAAGCAUGUAGAGAAGGUCUCACUUUUUGAUGUGUCUUUGAGCGGUUCUUAUCUCGAAGACCUGCAACCAUUGUUGAGUCUUCAGAGCACAAACCCUAAAUUUCCGAAGUUCGAUUUCUCCGAUUAUGCAAAAUUUGAUGAAAAAAUCCAGCCAAGUCACUGGUACUACUUCGCAGACAAGGUAUGGUCUGAGGAACCAUACGACAACCAAGACAAAGCGGAAGGAAGGCAUGUCAACUUCCGUUCUCAACAUCUCGACCUUUGGGACAAGCGAUACCAGCAGCUGGUACAAUUUAAAGCAGAGCUUAGUCACUGCAAUGUCCCACUGAACUACAAGACGAACCCGUGCCUUUCCAACUGGACAAAGCGACAACGUCACCAGUAUCGUUUAAAGAUGGAAGGUCGACACACUACCUUGACCGAGGAACGCCAAGUAAUGUUGGAAAAUCUAGGGUUUGUUUGGGAUUCUCAUGCCGCGGCAUGGAACGAAAGGUGGGAGCAACUACGAGAUUUUCGUCUGGAGCACGGGCACAGCCGCGUCCCCAAGAACUAUCCGAAGAAUCAGCCGUUGGCCAUAUGGGUGAAGUGCCAAAGACGACAGUUUCGGUUAUGGAGCCAAAACAAAAGGUCCAACAUUACGAGGGAAAGAGUAGAAAGGUUGAAGGACCUCGACUUCGUCUUUAAUCCUAGGUGCAAUAUAAGAGCAGCAUGGUAA